AUGAAGGAUCUUAGCGGUGCUCCUCGUGUAGCAUUACCACCACGACCACCAUUCAUACCAGAACCAGAAAAUAAUUAUAGUUGGUAUAUAAGAGAUGGUGGAGCACCUGGUUCUGGUAUGAAUGGUGGUCCUGCAUCACGUGGAGAAUUAACUGGCGAUACUCACCAAGCAUUUGUUAAUGACAUUAAAAGAUGUAAUAUAAUAGUUACAACUCCCGAAAAAUGGGAAUCAGUAACUCGUCAAUGGAUUAAAAUAACCGAACCAAUUCAAAAAUUCACUUGUUCCGUUCUGCCAGAAGAAUUUCUUGGGUUGGAUAUACAUCAAACAAUUAUAUUGGAUUGUGAUUCAGGAAAUAUUUUGUUCGCACCUAUCGAAUCAAAUGAAGUUGCAUCGCCAAAUCAAAAUGUAGAUGAUAUUAGUAACAACGUUCAGCAAGAGGUUAUACCAGUACAAACUUUUGAAGUAUUGGGCAAUAAUAAUAACAACAACAAUAGUUACAGUUUACAAGAAGAAUUAUUUAUAAAUUACAAUAUGGUAGAUAAUGGCAUUAAUGUCGAAUUGAUAUCACCACGACAAACCCGACCAAGGACAAUAACAACAUCAUCUUCAACACUGUCCAAUAAAUCCAAAGAAUCACUAACAGUAAACUCUUCCAAAAAGUCAUUUGAACUUUUACCUAAUGGUCGAGUAAAAUGCAAUCAUAAUUGUAGAGAUAAACAAAAAUGCGCGCAUGAAUGUUGUAAAAUUGGAUGUCGACGUGCGCCAAAAAAUCGCAAGGCAACCAAUAACAAUUAUAACGACAAUUUACGUACUAGUCAAUCUUUGAUAUCUGAGGGAAAUAAUAAUAACAACAGCACUACUAUCGCCAAUACUAAUGAUAAUGAUCAUCUUUUAUCAAAUAAUUGUGAUAAAAUUAAUGACAGUGAUGAUAAAAGAGGUGAUAUUGAAAUGUUACUCUGGUCGAACGAACAAAAGCAAGAUGAAAAUCUCAAGAAACAAGAUGAUGACGAUGGUGAACCUAAUACGAUCGGACAGGACAUAACGGAAGUAGAAGAAACGUUUGAAACGUUUGCAACACCAAAUUAUAUUAAUAAACAACAACAAAAACAACGAAGCAUUGGUCAAAAUUUAAAAUUUUUUAAUAACGAAUUUUUAUUUAAUAGCAAUAAUACGAAUGAUACAUCAGGGGAUAUUCAAGAAGAGAAAGAAGCAGCAGGUGAUGAAGUAAAGAAAAUAAGUCGUUGUGAAACUUUUACAGAAGCACUAUGUAUAUUUGACUAUGUAUUUAAUACAAUAAUCGAAUAA